AUGAAUACAAGAAGAGGCUGGCUGGAAGCCUCAAAUCUUACUCCAGAAGUUUUGCAUUCUGAGGUGACAGUGUCGGUGACAGGUGAACCACCUAGUGCUGUGGAAGAAGAAAAAGAGGCAGCCAAAGAAACAAACAUAGAAAACAUCCUGGAAGUCAUGGAGCCGCUCUUCAUUCUAGAUGUGCUGAGGAUCUCCGCGGUUCUGGAGGAUACCAUAGACCAGCUCUCUAUUCUGAACUAUAUCAUGCCGGUUCAGUAUGAAAGUAGACUAAGCACCAGCAUGAAGAAAAGCAAAGAAAUGAGUUUAGAAGGAAAAAGCCUAGAAAAACUUUCAGAAGCCUUGAAAACAUCCAGUCCAUUCAUACCUAAAGAAGAAUCUGAGUUGUCAGAAAUCAGACCAGAAGGCCAAUUUGCCGAUGAGUUUAACAAAAUGCAAGAUCUUGUCUUCAAAAAGCCUGUAACACAGACCAUAAUGACUACAGAGACACUGAAGAAAAUUCAGAUUGAUAGAAUCCUCCUUAUUUCUUCUAGCGAGGAAAAAGGAAGAAAACAGAUAAAAUCUCUUCAGAAACAGCUGCUUAAUGUCAAAAGAGAACGGCAAGCUGAAGUACAGGGUAGGAAUGAAUAUAUUGCUCACCUCAAGGACCAGUUGCAAGAGAUGAAGGCAAAAACCAACAUGGAGAAUCGCUAUAUGAAGAGAAACACUGAGCUGCAGAUUUCCCAGACACAGAAAAAAUGUAACAAAACAGAGGAGCUCUUGCUGGAAGAGAUUGAGAAACUAAGGUCGAAAACUGAAGAGGAGAACCGGAUUCAUAUGGCGAUUGAACUGUUCCUUAGAAAGGAGCAGCAGAAACUUGAGGAGAAGCUAGAGUUCUGGAUGGAGAAAUUUGAUAAGGACACAGAAAUGAAACAGAAUGAACUAAAUGCUCUCAAAUCUGCAAAGGCCACUGACUUAGCACACCUUCAAGACCUUGCAAAGACGCUAAGGGAGUAUGAACAGGUCAUCAUUGAAGAUCGUCUAGAAAAGGAGAGGACCAGAAAGAAGAUAGAACAGGAUCGCUUGGAAUUAAAGAGCAUCAUAAAGCUCCAGGCCUGGUGGCGAGGCACUGUGGUACGGAAUGAAAUUGGUGGUUUCAGAAUGCCUAGGAAAGACAUAGAUGAUAGCAAGGAUUCAAAAGGUAAAGGCAAGGACAAGCGGAGAGGCAAGAAGUGAGCGAGUCACCGUAGGUCCUUUCCUCCGGUAUCCUGGAGACGGAAGGAGGGCUUGAAGGGAGUAAGAAACUUGACCAUCACAGACACUCAUCUACAGGUUGUUGCUUAUUUGGACAUUCCCAGGUGUGGCCUGGUUAUGUCACUUUACCUGUUAUAUGAGUAUUCAAACCCUGAAUUGGGAUUAUACCAUCAAUUUAGGGCUUCUUGAUAUUUUGAAAAAAUUUUGCUGGGAAGUAUUUCCAGGAGCCUCGUGAAGAUUCCUCUCGCUUUCUUACCAGAAAAAAGUUCAUGGACUUAGUUACAGCGCUGCAUUAAAACUUAAUCAAUUCCUGUAAUGUCUCUGAUUCUAAUUUUGUCUAUAGUGAAAAAACUCUUGAGCAAAAGUGAAAUGUUCAGUAGGAAUUACAGGAUGAUGUUUACAAAGUGUCUAGCAUAAUAUGUACACAGUAAAGUUUUCAUAAAUGUUGGUUUCUUCCUACCUCUUAGA